CGUGGUUCAGAAAAGGCCCUAAAUUUAACAUUUCAACUGCGUAUACUCAGCUCAGUUUGUGUUUCGACCUCAACUUAUUUGCACGUUUAACUUCCGUCACGCACUGAUUCGGUGUAGUUGAAAUCUUGUUGUACUUUCUGUGAAGAAAUCACCCAGCGUUUGACUGUAGAUUUUAGCUGUGUCUUUCGAAAGUUAAGAAGGACUUUUCUGCCCUCUGUUGCACCGACAACCAAGUGAAAGUUAUUCUUUCAUUUGAAUAAAAACAGGAUUCACUGCCGUGCCAUUCUGUGCGAAGCGGAGAAUUGACAGCAACAGAUUUAUCCACAAUGGCUUUCAACGAUAAUGUUUUCAGCGCUGGCUCGAUUAAUUUCCGUUUGACGUGUUCGGUGGUCUUUGUCAUCGCGCUGUUGGCCACCCUCCCAAGCCUUUCCCAGACCGCAAUCAACGAUAAUGAAGCGCAGCAAAUAGACGGGAAAAUUGUUAACCAAGGAAGUGGAUCCGAACAGAAGGCUGAUGGUGCCCGCUCCAGCAUCUUGGACAACAUCUUCAACAUUCCGAUUCAAACCCUGAAGGCAGUCAAUGAUUUGGUGCAAAGUAUCGCUGGUAACCUCCAAGCAGCCGGUUCGGGUAGCUAUUUUCGCAGCAAGAACGAUCUCAACAGAAACAUCAACGUCAAUAUCGAUGACGAUGACAAAGACAAAAAAGAAAAGCAUUGAAACGGUUGCUUGUGGCAGUCGCUGUGCAGUGGGUUAGAAAUAAGUAAUUAUGCACCGGAGGCCUCGGUUAAGGGGUGUGCUUUAGGUUACAUGAUGGCGAUGAUGACAGAGAAGUUUUAAGUUUUAGCUGUGAUGUAAAAUAGAUAAGUUUUAUUGUACGUAUAAAUUGAUUUUUUUUUCAUGAGUA